GCCUGUGGAGAUGCGGCGUUAUGUUGCUUAUUUACCAGCGUAAUAUCGACAAAUCGUUUCACUCGAAUAGUAUCGAAAAUAAUUAUCGGAACAUAUAGCCAAAAAUACUAAAAACAACUAAUUUUAGGUAUUAAAUUGAAGAGAAAAUAAUAGGGUAGAGCAAAUCAUUUAGACUUUCAUAUCACUGCUUAAAUAAUUAAAAUUAAACUCCUGGGGGUAUCGGAAUAAGCAUCGCCAUCUCUAGAGGGUGUACGACUACAACGUGCAGUCUCUAAUUUAUUGAACAUCCAGGUAAAAAAUUAAAUAGGAUAUAGCCAAAAAAUAAUGAAUUUGCUUCGACGAAUCACUCAGCAUAUAAACAAUAAUGCCAUCACCGGUGUGCUCUCACCUGAUUUUCAAAAUAUAGGUUCCAGAAGUAUCUAUAUUACGAACCGCCUGCAAAAAGCUGAAAAAGAUGGUCCAAUUGAGAAGAAUAUAAUAGUAGACAGAGAUAAAAAUGUCACAUUAAUAGGCAUAAAUAGACCACAGGUGAGAAAUGCCAUUAAUGUAGCCACUGCGACACAACUUUGCGAAGCAUUCAACGCAUUCGAGGCAGAUGAUUCAUCUCCUGUUGCAGUUUUAUACGGUAUUGGGGGAUCAUUUUGUGCCGGUUAUGAUAUUCUAGAACUUGGAAAAGAUGGAGGAGAACAAGUUAGUAUUGAUAUCCUAAUGGCACAUGAAGGGUCAGUGGGGCCAACACGGCGUCAUAUACAAAAGCCGGUUGUAUGUGGUAUUAGCGGUUAUUGUAUUGCUAAUGGCUUGGAACUUGCAUUAAUGUGUGAUCUCCGAGUAAUGGAGGACACAGCUGUAUUGGGUUUCUUCAAUCGGCGUUUUGGGGUUCCCGUUAUCGACGGUGGUACAGCGCGAUUGCCGGCAUUGAUUGGAUUUUCCAGAGCAUUAGAUUUAAUACUGACUGGAAGACAAGUGUGUGCUGACGAAGCGCUAUCUAUGGGCGUUGUUAAUCGCGUCGUACCACCUGGCCAAUCCUUAAUUAAAUCUGUGGAAUUGGCGCAAACACUUGCGAAAUUUCCACAGAGAGCACUUAAUCAUGAUAGAAACUCGUUAUAUUCAGCCGUUUUUGAUGCAGCAAACUUUAAUCAGGCGGUUCAAAACGAAGUUAUGUACACAUCAAAAGAAAUAAUUGAAGAAAUGCAACAAGGCAUAAAAUGGUUUAUACAAACGUUCAAAUCCGAUACAUCACAUUCGUGGUUAAAACGAGAGAAGUCAAUGGCCGAUUGGGAUGAUAAAAACGUUGCUGCAGCAGCUGAACAAAAAGAGCUUGAAAAACAAACAGCUGAAGCAGAACGUUUGGAAGCAGAGAAAAAGACGAAAGAAGCUAAACAAACAGAAGAGCGAAAAAAAUAGCAACAUUCAUAUGGUGAAAACUCAUAUUUUCUGCGUAAAUGUUUAUAACUGACGGAAUUUAAAUUAAUUAAUAUGUUAUACUGAGUAUUCUUUUAUUAAAAUCUAAAUUCACAUAUAACACGAUUAAAAAAAAGCUGAACCCGACAGAACGUUUACAAGUCAUGAAUAAAGUUGUGCAUACAUCAAACGCAAAAUAUCAAACAUA